GUAUGUAUGUAUGUGUUUUGUAUGUGUAUAAUACAAAGGUCUAUCUAUGCGCAACGAGUUCGCGCAUUUACGUGAAGUGUUAUGAAAGAGUCAAUAAGUGCUGAAAUUUUUGGUCGUGUUUUUGGACAUUUAACUACACAAUAUUCAAGAUGACUGGUGGUACGUCCACUGAAAAGUCAACAAGUAAUCCAUUGGAGCAGUUCGUGCUGCUUGCCAAGACAGCUAAAGGUGCAGCAGCCUUAGAAUUGAUACGACAAGCUGUAGAAACACCAGGAGUUCAUGUGUUCGGUGAAUUAUUGGAUAUGCCAAAUAUUAAGGAAUUGGAAAGUGGUCCAUAUGUUCAAUACUGGAAUACAUUGAAUUUAUUUGCAUAUGGUACAUAUAAGCAAUAUUUGGAAAAUAAGGAUAAAGUUUUGGAAUUGACUCCGACACAAAAGAAGAAGCUACAGCAUCUAACUAUUGUAACUCUUGCGACUAAGUCUAAAUGCAUACCUUAUUCGAUCUUGCUCGAAGAACUUGAUAUCAAAAAUGUCAGAGAUUUAGAGGAUUUAAUAAUAGAAGCUAUUUAUGCGGACAUAAUACAUGGUAAAUUAGACCAAAAGAAUUCUCAAUUGGAAGUAGAUUAUGCCGGUUUAGGACGUGAUGUUAGACCCGGUGAUACAGGAAUAGUUGCCGAAACUUUAUCCUCUUGGGGUCAAGCCUGCGAUGCUGUUUUAGCCUGUAUAGAAGAACAAGUAACUCAUGCCAAUGUAGAAAAACAAAAAGCCACUUAUCACAAAGAAAGAAUACAACGGGACAUUACCAAUAUAAAGAAGUCUCUUGCUGCGCAAGCUGGUGGUGGUGGAGUGCAAGAAGCUGACAUAGUUGGAGGCAAUUCUAGCGUGGGUGGGAGCGAAUCUGGUAGAGAUGGUAGAGAUGGAAGAGAUGGUAGAGAUGGCAGAGAAGCCUUACCGGAUCUAAAGAAAAAGCAGCAGAAAGUGAAAGGUAUCAGAGGCAGUGGACCUACAGGGGCAUUUUCAGGAUCUACAGGAGCAUUUUUAUCUUCAACAGCAUUUUACGGAUCAUCUUUGCGAACUGAAAUUGAUCGGUCGUCGGCGAAGAAAUUGGGGUAAUUCCAGAACGAGUUAGGGUGAUCAAAUUAGAAUGAAAAAUAUAAUAUGUUCGAGGAAUUUCCUUCGUCUGUUUACCUCUCCUUCGCAAAAAAGUUACUUUAUAUAUAGGUAUACUUAUAUAAUUAUAGGUAUAUUCA